ACUCCAGCGAAGGCAGCGAGCCGAAGGCGGUGAGAGGCAGCGCUGCGGUCGCUAUCGCUGUGUGCAUCACCGCGCUGUACUCCGUCAUCUGCGUGGUGGGACUGUUUGGAAAUAUUCUGGUUAUGUACGGUGUGGUCAGAAGCCUUUCCCCAUUUAGAGACCUAAAAAAAAACUAGCAGAAGAGAAUAUUAAAGUGUAUCAGCCACUACAGCCUGGAAGGCAGAAACUGUACAACAGAAAGUCUGAUGUGAAAAGAACUCAUUAAUAACUAAAAUAUAUAAUAAUAAGAAAUAUUAAAAGUUUUAAUUGUAGAAAGAGAACUUGAUAUAAAUGCCUUUUAGACUGCAACAACAUCAGAGUUUUCUCCUUAUUUUAAUCCUUUAGUUGUCAUGCUGUAAAAAAGACUUCCUUGUUUUCCAGUAGAAAUACCUGAAUUAGUGUGAAACAUGAUUCAUGGCAGAUCUAAAUAAGAGUACAACUGGAUAAAACAUAGCAAACCAGUAUUUCCCUAUGAAUGAGGGACUAGUGUAAAAUUAGAGAUGCAAACGUGAGUCAUUGAUAUACAACAAAACAUGUUAUGCACUCUGUACAAAAGACUUUAUGGAACUUAUAAUAAUGGAUUUAUUCAUCUAACCACAUGUAUAGCCAUGUACAAAGAGAGGAAUAAUCUGUAGUCACUAAUGGAUGCGCUGUUUUCUCUCUUCUUCUCUGUGAGACUUCAAAUGUCAAGUCCUCAAAAGAGCUCGCAGUGUGUGGGCGCCAGACAAAUCUCAAAGAGAGGAUAAUCAGUGGAUUACAAUUUAUGCCAUUGGUGUUGGGCUUUUCUUAAGUAGCUGUGGUUGCAUCCUUUCAAAGGAUACCCCAUCAUUCAUCAGCCCACUACUAAUUUGAAAAUAAAAAGAGAAAAUUAUGAGCUGAUUAUUGUAUGAAAUAGCGAGACUCUUGAGACACCUUCAUUUAAUGAAAACAUGUUGUUAGCACCUGCUGUUAGAUGUUUUAACUUCACUUUAUCACCAUUUCUGCAUUGACAGCCAUUAUUACCAAAUCAUCUAUUAUAUUUUUUUACUUAAUAAUAAUAAUAAUAUUUCUGUGCAAGAAAAAUAAUUAUUGUUAAAAAAGUGGCUCAAAAAUCUUUACUAGUAGCUUAAAAAUAAACACAGUAAGAGUUAUCUGAAAAAAAUACUAUAUUGUGAAAAUAGUAUAUUUUGUAAAAAAUUUGUUUUUAAUGGAAAACAGUACAAAUAGGAUAACAAACCAAGUUCUGCAAAAAAAAAAAAAAAAAUUUUUUUUUUUAUAAUGUUUUUAUCACAUCACCAGAAUAUAAAAAAUAAUGAAUGUGCCAAUGCAUUACAUAAUUUUCAUAUGUUAACAUUUUAAUUCUUGAAAAAAAAGUUGUUUACAGUGUGGAAAGGGUGUUAAAAUGAGAAUCAGAAUCAGAAAGAGAUUUAUUUCCAGGUAUGAUAACAACAUACGAGGAAUUUGUUUUGGUGCCAAAAGCUUCCACAGCACAAACAGAAUGACAGUGACAAGACGAAGAUAAUAAAAUGAAUAAAAAUAGGAAAUAACAAUAUACAAAAAAUAAUUUAAAAGAGCACAUAUGGUUCUUUUUUCCCCCAUUUUAUGAGUUGAUCAUCAUGUUAAUCAUAUCUGAUAUUUAUAAUGAAAAGGGAAAAGCAGAGAAGAACCUCAAAUCAUGCACAAUCAGUGCAUCCCAUUCAUCUGCAUCUGAAUUCAUCAAUGUUCACAUCGUCACUGCAAACCCAGGUAUACAAAGAUGAAGACAGCUACCAACAUUUACAUCUUUAACCUGGCUUUGGCCGAUGCGUUAGCCACCAGUACUUUACCCUUCCAGAGUGCCAAAUACCUCAUGAGCACCUGGCCAUUCGGGGAGCUCUUGUGUAAAUUAGUCAUUGCUAUUGACUACUACAACAUGUUUACCAGUAUUUUCACUCUAACAAUGAUGAGUGUAGACCGUUACAUUGCCGUGUGCCAUCCAGUGAGAUCCCUAGACUUCCGCACACCCGUCAAAGCAAAGAUCAUCAACAUCUGCAUAUGGAUUCUCUCCUCAGCUGUCGGCUUCCCAGUCAUGGUUAUGGCCAUUACUAGAGUGACAGACACAGGCAAAACCGUCUGCAUGUUGAAAUUCCCAGACCCAGACUGGUACUGGGAUACUGUGACCAAAAUCUGUGUUUUCAUUUUCGCCUUUGUGGUUCCUGUAUUGGUCAUCACUAUCUGUUACGGCCUGAUGAUCCUUCGCCUCAAGAGUGUGCGCUUGCUGUCCGGCUCCAAAGAGAAAGACAGGAACCUCCGGCGCAUCACCCGCAUGGUAUUGGUGGUGGUGGCAGCCUUCAUCAUCUGCUGGACCCCCAUCCAUAUCUUCAUCAUCAUCAAAACCAUGGUGAAGAUUGACCAGAAGAAUCUGCUUGUGGUCGCUUGCUGGCAUCUGUGUAUUGCUCUGGGCUACAUGAACAGCAGCCUCAACCCAGUCCUGUAUGCAUUUCUGGAUGAAAACUUCAAGAGGUGCUUCAGAGAAUUCUGCUUGCCCUUUCGUUCCCGCAUGGAGCAGAUCAGCUUUUUCAGAGCCUGUAGCGCCACGAGAGAGCCCAUCUUGGUGUGUGCCAAGUCUGAAUCGAUGAAACAGCCCAUCUGACUAGACCUGGAACAGAAGCCUUCUGAUACACAACCAAGGACACAGAAAGAUCUGCAGUCUGAUGUCACCCUGCUCUCCACCACUGAGUUUUAAGCUGUCCAUAUUGUAAAUACAACUUGACAACAAGCCCAUAUACUGAAGGCAAAAUGCCAUGUUGUGGGUUCAUUAGUCAGUUUUUUCUACCUUCCUUAAUUUCACUGCGUGGGAAAGCGAAGGAUGGCUCUAAAAUUAUCUGCAAAAUGUUUUCCUAAGUAAGGAAACAAUUUCAUUUGGACCAUCAAGAUUGUAAUCAUGCUUUGGGAAAGACAUCAACGAUGUGGCCUUGAAUGGUCAACAGGAAAUUUACAUUCAUUAGUGGUAUGUGAGCCAUCAAAGUGGAUUCCCAUAAUCAGACUUUUAAAUGAAAGUGAACGCAUUUUCCUGGGAAUUUGUAACUGAAAUACAAGUGUCCAAACAAUGUACUAAAUACACAAAUUCAGUUUCUCAAACAACAAAAUAAGCUGUAAGAUUCCCUCAAUCUUGUUUCACUGAACAAUGAAAAUGUACAGAGGUCUUUUUUUCACUCUAUAAAACAGGAUUUUAUUAAACCUGAGGAUAAAGCUAUAUGGAGGAAGACAGAGGUGUUGGAUACAGAGAAUGGACCAAAAUUUUAUCUCAAGGUCUGCAGUAUAGAUUUGCACGGAUGACAAGUUUACUUCCCUCAGGAAGGCUUUUAAAACACACUUACAUAAACUCUUGACAUAUUAUUCAUUUCAUGGUGCUUGUUAAAGGUGUCAUUUUGUAAAUUUGUGCUACUAAUGAAGGUGUUUGAUGACCCUUUGACUAUGAAGUAUACAGUGUUCAUACUAAGGGCAUACAAUAUGUAUAGAGGUGCUCUGAGACUAUCACAGACGUGCUUUUAGAUAUUUUGAUCUUAGUUCUUUGUAAUGAAGUAUUUAGUGCAAGCAUUCUUGCAUUUCAUUGCCAUUAGCGCAGAAUGGCAGUUUUUUGACCUUCAAAUUCCGAAGCUAAAGUAACGUUUAAUGAAUCAUUUUGUAAUAUUAGCGUUUGAUUCUAAAUGUCAGCUGUGUUGUAAGAGAGAGUUUAGUUUCUUGAGCCGUUGUAUUAUGUAUUAGCAGUGAGUAUUGCUUUGCUGUAGAACCUGUAUGUACUUUUGUGCAACUGUUGCAUAUUUCCUCAUGAUUCUAUUUUUAAUGGAUGCAUGGCAAUAAGACAAAGUACACAACGUGUUUAUAUUGUGGAAGAAAAAAAUAUUAAAAUUGUUCUGUAGAUUGCAUGGAUGUUGGCAAAAAAAUAACCUUUAUCUAAAAAGUGUUCACUACCCACAUGAUAAAUGAGACUUCUAAGUUAAACAUUCAUCAUCUCUUGAAGAUAUACAUUCUUCAUCUUAUAUAUUGAAAUAAGUAAGUCUGUCAGCUGUUUUAAAGAUAUUUAUUUUAAUUUUUUGGGUAAAAAUAUAACACAAAAGCCUUAAAAAUAUAGAAAUAAAAAACUACUAUGCUAAUUUUCUGUAGGUACUUGUAAAGGUUGGAGACUCAAGCACUGUUACAUAAUCUCUUCAGCAGACAACCUAUUAUGAAAUAUACUGGAUAAGUGCUUUUGAAUCAGGAUUAAAAUAAAGAGGCUGUUGUAUAUUGACUGUUGUAUAAAGAAAAAACCUCCUGAUA